AUGGAGUCUGAUCAAAUUGCUCGGGAACACGGACUUCAGAGGGAGAUCAUAGACCUUAAAUGCAGGAACAUGGGGGAUAACUCACUAUUUUUUAAUAUCCCAGAAGAAAAAGAUGAAAAUUGCGAAUCUAAAUUAUUAGACUUAAUGGAAUCAAAGUUACAGAUCACUGAUGCAAAAACUAGUAUUAAACUCCAAAGAUCACAUAGAAUCGGCGGGUUCACCCCUUCCAAGACCCGACCAAUCGUGGCAAAAUUCAGAGAUUUCUCUGAUCGUGAAAAGGUACGAAAGUCUGCAAAGCAUCUUAAAGAUACCCACUACGGAAUAAGCGAACAAUUCCCGGCAGAAGUUAUGGAAAAAAGAAGAAAACUCCUUCCAAUUAUGAAAAAAGCCCGGUCUGGGGGGAAAGAAGCUUAUCUCAGUGUGGACAAACUAUACAUCGAUAAACAACUGUAUAGAGGGCCUGUAUAG